AUGAAGUCUGCGGCCACAGCAAGUUUCACGAUUGUAGCUCUUGCUUUGUUUGGCGCAUUGUAUGUCGGAGCCAAAACAGUAAUAUCUGUUGAUGAUGUUCAGUCCAUACGUGUUGACCUGGAUCUGUCCCAUGUGGCCCGACGGGUGGACGAAAGGUUUCUCUCUGUGGCCAUAGAUGCGAGUUUAAUCACCGAGGAGAAGUUCAUGAACCUACUGAAACAGUCCAUCCGAUAUACUAUACUCCUAACCGAACUGCUCUGGACCUCACCUCAUCUUCGAAUUCAAUGCUCCGAACCAAACAAAACAAAACACACAGCACAAAUCAAAAAUGCAGAACUGCUGCUGAAGUACUGUGAGUCCAGGCAGUAUGUGAUGUCCUGGGAGCUGGGGAAUGAACCCAACAGUUAUGAGAAAAAAGCUGGAAUCAGAGUGGAUGGGUACCAGCUCGGUCAGGAUUUUGUCCAUUUGCAUCAAAUCCUUCAGCAAUCUGCGGUCUACAACUCAACAGGACUAUAUGGACCAGAUGUCAGUCAGCCACGAGAUCACCGCAGAGAUUUGUUAACUGGGUUUUUGGAGACUGGAGCAAAGGCCAUUACUGCAUGCACCUGGCAUCACUAUUAUGUGAAUGGCCGAGACACGUCUUUAGAAGAUUUCCUUGACCCUGAAGUGCUUGAUACUCUUGCAACAAAAAUUAACGAGGUCCUUGAGAUUGUUGAAUCUGCUUCUCCGGGGAAAAAAGUUUGGCUAGGAGAGACGAGCUCGGCAUAUGGUGGAGGUGCUGUUGGCCUCUCAGACACAUUUGUAGCUGGUUUCAUGUGGCUGGACAAACUGGGACUUGCUGCCAAACUUGGUUUGGAUGUCGUCAUUAGACAGGUGUUAAUUGGUUCUGGCACUUACCAUUUAGUGGAUGAUAACCUAGAUCCUCUUCCAGAUUAUUGGCUAUCAUUGCUAUACAAAAGGCUUGUUGGCCCAGAGGUUUUAAAAGCAGAAGUUAAUAUGAAUUCAGGACCAAAGAAACCAAUACGGGUAUACCUUCACUGCACCAACAGAAAAAGCACUCAUUAUAGACCAGGUGCUGUGACCUUAUUUGCCUUAAACCUAAACAAAAAUGAAGUCACUGUUAUUCUGCCUGACCAUAUGGCCAACAGCACAAUUGAAGCAUUUGUGCUACAAUCAGCUGAGGCUGGGGAACAGAGUCUUUAUUCCAGGUCAGUCAAAUUGAAUGGACAAGUGCUGAGGAUGGUGGAUGACCGAACACUUCCUCUGCUGAAGGGACGUGAGCUGCCGCCUGGAGAACACAUCAAGCUGCCUGGGUUCUCAUUUGCAUUCUAUGUUCUGAUUGAAGCACAAGCUGCAGUGUGCAAAUGAGCUCUCAUAAAGCUUUUACUGGAGAAUCAGGGACACAAAAUGUGUAAUGACCAAAUAUUUUGCUGUGAGAUUAUUUUGUGUGCGGGAACUUCAAACUCAAAUCAAACGAAUCAAUCUCUUAAUAUAAAAUCAACAUUUUCUAUUUAUGAAAAUUCAUAUCUAUUACAAAUAUAUCAAGAUGUAGCCACAAAGAACUUGUUUAAUAUUUCAUGAACAACUUGCACUGGAUUGAAUCUAUUUUAUGUCUGUUAAAAUAAACUGAUUUUAAUCAAUGUA